UCUCUGAUAUCAGAUGGAGCUUGGCCAUUUAAGGCUUUAUAUGUGAGAACCUAGAGAGACGCUAACAACCAUUAGCCUGAACUUUCUCAGAUUACGGCUGAUUUCACAUACAGGAACCUGUGGUCAAUUAGCUCCUCUUCCCAUAGCUCUGGAGUUCCUAGCUCUAUAUUUCUUAUAGUUCCUAGAUGAUGGUAGAUGAUUGACAGUCUAUUAGAAGCUCCCCCUACUGACCUUUCAAACUGUAGAUCCCAAUGACUAGAUAGGCUAACUGACUGUUUUCAUAUGGAGCCUAAUCCAGCAAGAUUACAUCUAAUUACAUCUUCAGCUCAUUUCAGUGAACAUCUUUCCUGAUAGUUGGUGACCAAUCAGGAUUGAUCCACCUGGAAACCAUCUCAGAUAGUUUCUCAGUGCAUCUCUAGUUUCAGAGAUCCUUCCUGCUGUCAGUCCGCCGUAAUGUUUCUGCUCUCUGCUUUGUGCUCAGCUACUGAUGACGUGGUGAAGGUGGAGGUGUGGGAUGUUGUGGACAAAGGCCAAAAAUAUCCUCUUCCUGAAGGUGGAGGUAAAGGAAAGCGCCGUGGGGACAACUUGAAAUUGGAGAAUGAGCCUCAAGAGUCAGACGAGGUGGCCCUGGAUGCAGAGUUCCUGGAUGUCUACAAGAACUGCAACGGUGUCAUCAUGAUGUAUGACAUCACCAAACAGUGGUAAGACCUGCAUUUAAGCUAAUGAGUGCAAAUGAUUCACUUUUCUAUGGUCAGAAACUACCUCCCAGAGAAAGGGAUUAACUAAUGAUAAUCCCUCCCAAGAAUUGACUAAUCUAAAGCAGCACUGUUUGAAUUUUCAGCUUUGCAGAUAUCUGAACAGCAGAAACAAAGAGGAGCUAUUUUAUCAGCUUUUAUCCCUGAUAAAAACAGAAAAAAGGCUAAAUCCAGUCCUCUGUGCUUCCAUCUGGUAUUCCUGGGAUCAGAAAUGGAUUCUUUUAAUCCACAUAAUGAAUAAUUCCUGCGUAGAGCUCCAUUGGGGGAUUUGCCUUGGCCUUGCAUAGAUACAUUUUAUAGAUGGCACCCUAGUUUAUUAGUCACUGAGAGUUAUACUAAAGGAGAUGCUGUUGCAGUUCUCAUGAAGGCGACUAGAGACACAAUACAAUAAAUAACUAAUGAAUUAA